AUGCAGCUCGAAGGCUCCCAAUUACGGUUCAUUGACGAGGUCCAGGCCAGCCUCCAGCGUCAUGAUGCUCGGUUGCUGGACAUCAAUCAGAAAAUAUGGUCCAAUCCCGAGUUGGCCUAUGAAGAGUUCGAGGCUCAUAGAAACAUAUGUGACCUCUUUGACAAGUUGAAAGAUCAGGGCUAUGUCGUUAGGAGACAGGCCUAUGGACUUGAGACUGCAUUUGAAAUCGAGUUCAAGCACGGCACUGGCGACGGGCGAAUUGUUGCGUUCAACGCCGAGUAUGAUGCGCUCCCAGGAAUGGGGCAUGCAUGUGGCCACAAUCUCAUUGCUACAAGUUCCAUUGCAUCAUUUAUCUCGACAUGCGAAGCCAUGCGAGCUGUCUCCAAGGAUACAAGCUUUACUGUCCGCCUGCUCGGAACGCCCGCAGAGGAAUCUGGCGGUGGCAAGGUCCGUCUCCUUGAUGCCGGCGCCUACAGGGACGUGGAUGCAUGCCUUAUGGUCCAUCCCAUGCCAAUGGCCCCAGACCAUCCGAAACUGCUGAGUAUUGCGACUGCGCCAACAGGUGGUUUCCUUGCCAAUGACAAGGUCAAGGUGACAUUCACUGGCAAGCCGGCACAUGCUGCAGCCGCGCCAUGGGAGGGGAUCAAUGCGCUCGACGCAGUGGUUGCUGCUUAUGUGAACAUCUCACUUCUCCGCCAGCAGAUGCUCCCAUCACAGAAGGUUCACGGUGUCAUCCUAAAUGGUGGAGAUCGACCUAAUGUCAUCCCUGCCUCUGCCACUGUGGAUUACUACAUCCGAUCACCGACUAUCAAGACCCUAAAGCCUCUCACGGAAAAGGUUAUCAAGUGUUUUGAAAGUGCAGCGACUGCCACCGGAUGCAAAGUGGAUUUUGAAUGGGGACCGUCUUACGCAGAUUUGAAGACAAACACGCCGAUAUGCGAGAGCUAUGUCUCGGCGUUGCGCUCCAUGGGACAUCAAGCCGUCUUCAGCGUCCCUGCACAGGACAAGACUGGUGGAGGAUCGACUGACAUGGGAAAUGUAUCCUAUGCCGUGCCAGGCUUCCAUGGCAUCUUCACUAUCCAGACAGAUGGUGUCAACCACACGCCCCAGUUCACUGCGGGUGCCGGGUCGCUCGAGUCGUAUAAGCGGGCUAUUGACUGCGCUGCAGCAAUGGCGGUGGUGGCUUGUCAGGUGUUGGAUGACGAUAAAUUCGCCGAGACUGUGAAGGCAGACUUCUCAAAGGAUUCAUAG